AUGGAGCGGAGGGACACUCGCACCUCUUUCCCUCGCUUUCAAGGCUCUGUGGCCAGCGUCAGCCACGGGGGAGUGGACGACCUGGCGCUCCAUCCAGGGUUACCCAGCAGCCCGGCCGCCUCCACCUCGGCCAGCUGGGCCAGCUUCACCACAAGUGGCGUCGGGGACAACACGCUGCAGGAGGUGGAGCUGAGCCAGGUCUUCGACAUCUUGCCCAUCUACGGCAAGCUGGAGCCCGGCGAGACCCAGGUUGCCACCUUCACGUACGAAGCCCUGCGCGACCGCUCCUUCAAGGCGGUGGCGGUCUGCAUGGUGGACGGCGGCCCCGAGUACGAGGUGCAGCUGAAGGGCACCGCGGCGCCUUGCAAGUACAACCUCGACAGGACGGAGCUGGACUUUGGAGACAUUCCUUUCACGGAGAUUGGCGAGUCGGAGCUGUACCUCUCCAACCGCGGCCAAGUGCCAGCCAGCUUCAACUUCAACCUCGCGGGGGUCUCCCGCCCCUUCGUGGUGGACGUGGUGCCCCUCAGCGGCGUGCUGAAACCGGAGGAGCGGCUCAAGGUGGCGGUGCGCUUCCGCGCCGGCAUUCCGGACCUGGUGGUGGAGCAGGUCCUGGUGGAGGUGGCCCAUUUCGAGCCCACGGUGCUCACGGUGCGCGGCUUGGGCACCUUCCCGGGCAUUGUGCUGGACCUGCCUCGCCAGAACGAGGCGGAACACCGGCUGCAGCUCGACGCUGCGGCCAAACGCCUGCAGUUCGCGCCGGCGGUGUCCUCGAGCGCCUCUACCGCCUCGGACGGGGGCUUCAAAUUGGAUCGAUUGGAGGCUCCCAAGCCGGGCAGUGCCGGUGCCAACCGAUCAAAAGCGGCCAGCGGAGUCACGGACGAGGAGCUGUCCACGACCCCGCGGCGCAGCGUGGUGGCGGAGGUCGAGGUGGUCGAGGAGACCGCAACGGUGGGUGGCGACGCGCCGGACUUCGACUUGGAGUUCGAGGUGGAUCGCCAUGCGCUGUGCGAGGCCCUGCUGAAGCACGGCAACCCCUCGCAGCAUCGGCCCACCAUCAGCCCAACAGCCAGGCGCCGCGGCGCCGGCAUCGAGGCGGCGCCGGUGACUGCAGCGCAUUACAUCUGCGACUUCGGGCACAUCGCGCUGGGCCAGAUCAGCACUCGAAAGAUCAACAUCCACAACUGCUGCUCUGAGCCAGUGGCCUUGUACCUGGACAAGAAGCUCCUCAAGGACAACGGCUUUCAGGCUGAGCCGGACUCCAUCAAACCCCUGGCGCCGGGGAAGAAUUUCCUGCUGCAGGUCUCCGCAAGCCGCGCGAGGGAUGAAGCGGAAGGCACUAUGGAGCUGGAGUGGAACCUCCCGGUGAGGGGCGGGCCCAACUACAAAGUGCAGCUGGUGGCAGACUUCGUGCUGCCGGACUUGGUGCUCUCCACCGAGUCCAUCGACUUUGGGCGCAUCAUCGUCGGCCACAGGAAGCGAGUCAUGCUGGAGCUCCAAAACAACAAGGCGGUUCCUGUGGAGUGGGCCUACAACGAGCACAAGGACAAGUUUGCCCGCGGCGAGUCUGCCUUCGACCUCACGCCCUCCUACGGGGUGCUGCAGCCCGGAGAGCGGAAGCUGCUGACGGCAUCCUUCGCACCCGAGACGGCACAAAACUUCACAGGCAUGCUGCAGAUCCGCAUGCGGGACAACCAAAAGCGGAAGACCAUCAACGUCACUGGCCGCGGCGACCUGCUGCGCUUGGAGGUGAAGCCCAGUCUCAGCUACCAGCUGGGCCCUGCCGCUUGA